GGUUGUAACAAAUUGGACAUACUUUGAGAGAUUUAUCUUUUGCCGCCAUGCCGCGUGCUUUGGUUUGCGCACAAGCGUUCCCGCCACUGCUGAAGCAGGCCGGAGGGGUCGCCAAAGACUACUUGGCUCUUUGCCGGGCGCUGAUAGAUGGCCUUGGUUGGGAGGUGACCUUGCUGACACCUGUAAACAUCCAAGAGUCUGGUGAAGACGAUGUUGCGAGAUGGUUACUGAAUGGGCAGCUUGUCUAUGCUCCUGUUGGAGCUGUUGAAGCAUCCAGCAACAUCGGGGUCGCUGCUUUCAUGGACUUUUUUUCCAUCACGAACACUGUGAUCUUCUUGCGGCUCCUAGCGGGCAAGAGAGGCCACGACGUCUGCUUCCUUGAUGACAGUUGCUUGCGAAUAGCUCCAAUCAUGCUCUUGCGAAGCUUUGGUAUUCCAAGUAUCGCCACAACCCACUCAGAUGUACCAUCGCAUCCAAUGUACCAGGAAUCCAUGUUGAUGAAGAUCCUUUGGUGGCUUCAUUUGGCCUCGGCAUUCUUUGCAACUGUUCAUGCGACGGUGGCAAGCGUCUAUGCCAAGUCGCUUUGGGAGCGAUACGCAGUCCCAGUUCACUGCGUUUGGCCACCUGUUCUUUGGUCCGAUGAGUUUCGUCGGCCCUUAGAUGAUUUGCUGGAUGCUGCAUCCCGCCAAAGGGCUUGUUGGAUCGAUAGGUUUGGGUUUUGCCCAAAAGCAAUUUUCCUUUUUGCGGGAAGGUGGUCCGCAGAAAAGCGAAUCCACUUGCUUGUUGAUGCUAUACCCGAAGACUGUGGCCUUGUCAUUGUCGGUGACAGUGACGCAGACUACGCAGAUGAAAUCGAGGCCAGUGUCAGGCGAAAUGUGCUCCCACAAAGAGGCAUGCUUGGUGCUGAAGACCUUCGCAUUGCCUAUGCUGCAAGCGACUUGUACGUCUCUGCGAGCACCUGCGAGACGCUUGGGAACACUGUCGUUGAAGCCUGGAGCUCUGGAACGCCCGUUGCAAUUCAGCCUGUUGGAGGGCACUUGGAAUUUGUCAAGGACGAGGAGAAUUCUUAUCUUGUUGACUUUGACAACAGCCAGAGGGCUCGCGAGCAUCUCUCAAGGAUAGUUGCUGGAGGCACCAAAGCAGCUGUCGAGCCUUGCCUCUCUAAGAUGGGAGAGCACUUCCGACAGCUGAACUUUUCAGGUGAAAUUCAGAGGCUUUUGCUCGAUCCAGUCCUUGCAACUGCUGCAACCUGGCGAGCUCGGAGUGUGCUUGAGAUUCUGCUGCGAGGGAUUCUCUUCUUAGCGUGCUGCGUAGUUUGGCCAGCCACCAUGGUGUGGUCCCGUGUGUACUUCGCAAUGUCGUGCGACCCGAAGUACAGGCAUGUGGCCCCUGGUAGUGCUAAUGAGCCUGACUUUGAGUCCAAGCCAUCAGGAGGAUCCAACUCGCUCCAGGAAUCCUGCUGCUCAACUUCAGCUACUCACGAUGAAAGCGCAAGGCCGCUUGUUCAAAGUGACAACUCAGACGUCUAAUUCUGUGCUGAGAAGCUUUUCCUGCGCUGCCAAAUGAGCUCGCUGAGAAAAGAUGCCUCAGGUCUUGCCAAGAGGGUUACAAGUGCCACGCUAGUAGUAACA